UUCAAAGAAAAUUUGUCAAUUCUUAAUAGGUUGUGAAAUCUCUACAUAAAUUUGCAAACAUUUUAGUGCAAAAGUAGUGUUUAAUAUAAAAGUUAGGGCUGUGAAGUGAGCAGAUGUGCAGACAAAACAGUAAUAGAAAUUGCAACUCGGGUUGUAAUUGUGAGUGUAAUUCUCCUCCGAACUCCGAAUUUGUUGAGUAUGAGACAAACUGCCGGAGCCGCCAAACCUUGUAGUAAUUCGUACAUUCGCACCAAUAAGUGAAUCUGCAAUGUGUGCAUGCGCGACGGUCUAACGUUAGUUUCGUGACCAAUUGGAAUGGAUGAUUUUUAAACUCAGACGCUCCCGUCUCCUUGAAAUCCUGUUUAUACUUCGUUCCAGUUCUUCCAGAAAGAGGAUAGUGUAGAAGAUGGUGUACAUCCAUUUUCCUGCCAAUUUUACUGAAGAAGAAUUGAUGCUUCAAGCGAAAUAUGCGAAAUUAAAAAAGAAGAAAAAGGCACUAACAGCUCUUAAAGCCCCCAAACCUGAACCAGAACGCCCGGUAGCACCAAAGAGACCAGCAGAGGCAAGAGACGCCAGGGAAGUGGCAAAGAAAUUGAUUAAAUCGGGAGCAAUUUCGGCAAUAACGAAGCAACAAAAACUACCUGAACAUGGGUUUAAACGGCCGAGAGGAUUGGAAAGAAAGUUAAUAUCAGAGAAGACAGUGAGUGGAUAUCAACCUUUCUCGGCAAUUCAAAUGGAAGAUGGACCCGACAAUCCCGAAAAUAAGCCACCUAGAAUAAAGAAUCUCUAUGAUAAUUUUGAAAAUGUAAGGGAAAGGGACGAGCGUAGCGUAAUUGAAAAACCCAAGGAUAAAGUGGAGAAACCUCGUACUGGCAACACGAUUUACGUGUCUGGAUAUAAAAUAACCGACGAAUUUCUUAAGAAGCACUUCUCUACUAUGGGGAAUAUUAUCAACAUUUCAAUGGAAAUCGAGAAAAAUAGAGGAUUUGUGACUUUUGAUAAAACGGACGCUGCGGACAGGGCCAUUUCGGAAAUGGAUGGGAGUAUGGUGUCAGGAAUUCAACUUCAAGUUUCUUUGGCCAGGCGACAACCGCAAAUUGAACCAAUUAAUGAGUCGACGUCAUCAGUUGCUUGGACCACUCUAGCUUCAACUAAUUCACAGAAAGGAAACCAUAAAGACAAGCGAGAUCUGGUUUCAUACGAAGACAUAUUUGAUGAAUAAACAAUAUUACCACUUUAUGUACUAAGUACUGAGUAUUUUUCGUACUUUGUAUCGUUGUAAAAAAUUAUAUUUAAAACAGUAAUUACUUAAUUAAUAUAAUUAAGACCAAAAA